GCCGCCUUUAGAAGAUUAGUCUUAAGACUCCGGGAGCAGCGACUAUAUGAAACUUUGAUUUAUAGACAAAUUUUAUUUAAAUGUGAAGUGAAUAUCCCAUCUUUGAUCAUUCCCCAAAUCAUUUUUUUGUAUGCAUUCUGAACGACUCUUCCCCACCAGAACCAAAAGUUUUUGUCUUUUUUCUCUGGGUUUUGGUUUUCUGUUUCUCGCUCGCACUUCACAUUCCUGUAAUGAUUCAUUGACUUCAAUCUCCAUGGCAGUGACACCCCUUGUUGUAGCUGGACUCGCAAGUUCUCAGCUUGGUUGUCACAAUUUGAGGACCAAGCACUCUGUUUUUGCAUUGAAUUGGGAAAAUCAGCUGAAUAGAGCAAGCCUUGGUGGUGAGAAUCCAUGGAAGGCACCCAAGAUAAUGGCGCAUGUGGUUGAUCAUCGUCAAACAAGUGGUGGUGGUGGUGGUGGUGGCGGUGGAGGUGGUGUCUCUGUCACCCAUGGAUUGCAUAAAGAUUUGAGCUCGCUUCCAAAGCCACUAUCCAUAUCUGAUAUUGUCGCUGCAUCUGAUAGUGGUGCUAAAGUGCGAAUAUCUUAUAAGGGGAUACCAGGAUCAUAUAGCGAGGAAGCUGCACACAAAGCUUACCCUAAUUGUGAAACAGUUUCUUGCAAUGACUUUGUUGAAGCUUUCAAGGCUGUUGAGUUAUGGCUGGCUGACAAGGUUAUCAUUCCUAUAGAAAAUACAUCUGGGGGAAGUAUUCAUCGGAACUAUGAUUUACUUCUCCGUCAUAGGCUUCACAUUGUCGGUGAGGUGCAGUUGGCUACUAACCUCUCGCUUCUAGCUCUGCCUGGUGUCAGAACAGAGCACCUAAAACGUGUUCUAAGUCAUUCACAGGCACUUGAUUUAAGUGAUAAUUUCCUGACUAAAUUAGGUGUUGCCAGAGAAAAUGUUGAUGAUACAGCUGGUGCUGCUCUGAUUGUAGCUUCAAAUGGUCUGUAUGAUACUGGUGCCAUUGCAAGCAUUCGAGCUGCAGAACUCUAUGGGCUUAAUGUACUUGCAGAAAAAAUCCAGGACGAUUCUGAAAUCAUCAGCCGUUAUCUUAUGCUUGCAAGGGAUCCAAUAAUCCCUAAAGCUAAUAAGCGCUUUAAGACAAGCAUCGUGUUUUCACUGGACGAAGGUCCUGGGGUGCUGUUUAAGGCCUUGGCAGUAUUUGCAAUGAGGGACAUAAAUUUAAGCAAGAUUGAAAGUCGCCCACAAAGAAAUCGGCCAAUGAGAGUUGUUGAUGACACCAACACUGGAACUGCCAAGUAUUUCGAUUACCUCUUCUAUAUUGAUUUCGAGGCAUCUAUGGCUGAGCCCCGUGCACAAACUGCUUUAGGACAUCUUCAGGAAUUUGCCACGUUUAUUAGGGUGCUGGGAUGCUAUCCCAUGGAUACAACCAUAUAGACUACAUCCAUCUUUCUUUUAUUGGUGAGUUUUCAUUGAAGCUCAUCAUACCAGACGCUUGGAAGAAGAUUUGGAGCUAACUUCAUGUCCAAGUAAAACAGGAGCUAUCACUUGGUCCCAUGUCAUUUAUGAUAAAAAAUAGUUUAUCCUGACCUUAAACGUUGUCUUCAAGAAGGAUGAUCGAAGUAUAAGGUUUUAGCCAAAUGUAUAGUUUCUAAGGCGAGAGAGAGAUGCAUUUUGGAUAAUAAAGUGGAGUCGUGAAUUCUGAUGAUUAGAAGACAAGGGGUUGAAAUUUGAACAAUUUUCUUGUUUGUUAUACAUGUAUAUAUAUACUUUAUAAGAAUUUCAAUCAUCGUAAUUUUAAGUGAAAA